AGCGGAAUGGCUUCUCGUAAGGACACCGCCCACCGCAGUGUUAGCUCACUCCUCUUGGCAAGUGCACCCCUGCUCGUCGCUCUUUUUCUAGGUCUUAUCCACAGCAUGACCAAACCAUCCUUCCCCGUCCCUCCUUCCGGGUCUGCAGUGGUGAUCACUGGGAGCAGCACAGGCAUUGGUCGGCAUUCCGCCGCAGGGUUGGCGGCAGCAGGCUUCCUAGUCUUUGCCGGCGUCCGGCGAGUACGGGACGUGGAGACCCUCGUCGAGGCCUACCCCGGUCGCGUCUUUCCUUUGCUUUUGGACGUGACAGAUCAUGACGGAGGGGUGAUGCGGGCGGCAGAGGAGGUCAGGGAGACCUUGGAGGACAUGGGGGGCAAGGUCAAGCUGGCUGGACUCGUGAAUAAUGCGGGGAUCGGCUUGGCCAUGCCCUUGGAACUUUUACCUCUCUCUCGCCUUCGCCAGGUCAUGGAGGUCAACGUGGUCGGCCUCUUGGGCGUGACACAGGCCUUCCUUCCUCAGCUCCGUCGGGACCAGGGACGGAUCAUCAACGUGGGCAGUGCUGCAGGAUUUACCGUCCCAGUCACGUACGGUGCCUACUCGAGCAGCAAGUACGCCUUGGAAGCGAUUUCAGACGCCCUCCGUCUCGAGUUACGGCCGUGGAGAAUCUCCGUGUCGCUCCUCGAACCGGGAACGAUUGAGAGUGAGAUACGACGAAAAAAUGUCGGGGACGCCGCGCCUUUCAAAAACUUGACCGAAUCUCAGUACGUUUUAUACCAGCAAAUAUUCGACACGUAUGAGCAGCGCGUGGAUGCCCUUGAGCGCGCCGCUGGCUCUCCACAAUUGACAACAGACGCCAUUUUGCAUGCUUUGACGAGUUCUACACCUCAAAGCCGUUACGUACUGGGAGCGUAUCAGGGUCUGAGUUUAUGGCUGCUUCGGCAUGUCGUAUUGCCGUUCGUUCCUGACUAUCUUUUGGACUGGGGAAAGAUGAAAAUGAUUGACCUGGCGGUUAGACAAGAAAUGAAGAAAUGAGAAAAUGGAAAAAGAAAGAAAGGUCACCAUGUAGUGCUUCUUUGUGAUGCGGGAGAGCGAGGCAAGGCUCAUGAAGGUCAAGGAACAUCGGGCUUCCCCUUUGAGGGAGAACGUUGGGUCCCAGAAGCAUCCAAAGUCCCAUGGAGCAAGUGUACAUGAAGCACACAAUAAUUUUAUACACGG